UUAGAAGGCAGAGGAUUGCAUUCAACCUGGUUCCCGCUGCAGGCCGAAGUAACCCAGUGAGUAGAGCUCCAGUUAGGCCAGCAAGAAGAAACAUUCCAAAUAUUCUGAAUUAAAACUGAAGACUGACCUACUUUGAACUUACCAAGAAAGAUAUUAAGUGCCUUUUUGUGGGUUCUCAGUGGGCCUCCUGUGUAUGUUUAACUCUGCCUCUUUCAAGCUGAAAGGGCAUCAUGGACAUUGAAGCAUAUUUUGAAAGAAUUGGUUAUAAGAACUCUAGGAAGAACUUGGACUUGGAAACACUAACUGACAUUCUUCAGCACCACAUCCGGGCCAUUCCCUUUGAGAACCUUAACAUGCAUUGUGGGGAAGUCAUGGAAUUCGGCUUACAAGCCAUUUUUGAUCAAGUCGUGAGAAGGAACCGGGGUGGAUGGUGUCUCCAGGUCAAUCAACUUCUGUACUGGGCUCUCAGCACAAUCGGUUUUGAGACCACAAUGUUGGGAGGAUAUAUUUACAUAACUGCAGUUGACAAAUACAGCAGUAACAUGAUUCACCUUGUACUGCAGGUGACCAUUGGUAGCAGAAAGUACAUUGUUGAUGCUGGGUUUGGAUUCUCCUACCAGAUGUGGCAGCCUCUGGAGUUAAUUUCUGGGAAGGAUCAGCCUCAGGUGCCUUGCAUCUUCCGCUUGAGAGAAGAGAGUGGCAUCUGGUACCUGGACCAAAUCAGAAGAGAGCAGUAUGUUUCAAAUGAAGAAUUUCUUAAUUCUGAUCUCCUGGAAAAGAAUAAACACCGAAAAAUCUAUUCUUUUACUCUUGAACCUCGAACAAUCGAAGAUUUUGAAUCUAUGAAUACAUGCAUGCAGGAAUCUCCAACAUCUGUGUUCAAAACCACAUCAUUGUGUUCCUUGCAGACCCCAGAAGGCGUUCACUGUUUGGUGGGCUUCACCCUCAUCUCCAAGAGAUUCAAUUAUAAGGACAAUAAAGAUCUGGUAGAGUUUAAGACUCUGAAUGAGGAAGAAGUAGAAGAAGUGCUGAAAAAUAUAUUUAAUAUUUCCCUGGAGAGAAAACUCGUGCCCAAACAUGGCGAUCUAACUGUCAAUCUUUAACUUUUUAGUGUAAGGAGAAAAAAAAUAAAAAACUCUUGUUUUUAUCAUCCACCUGACCAACUAUCAACUGAUGAGUGAUCACAUUUCCUCUAUACCUCCACAUAAUUUUUGAAGAAAAUCCUAGACAUGAAAUCAUUUCACCCAUAAAAAUGUCAGCAUAUAUAAUUAAAUAGCUUUUUAAUGAAACAUAACAACACACCUUUUCAAAUUAAUAAUAAAGUCAUUUUAAUGAUAACCUGUGGGCAUUUUGGGAAUCAUAGUGAUUUGUGCUAUAAAAUCUUUAAAAUUUGUUUAUUAUUGAAUUCAUAGACAGUUUUUACUGGUAGAUGAAGUAGAACA